GUUCGUUACGAAACGCGCUUCCAUGUCCGAUAACCUCUGCACGGGCGGUCAGAGUUCCAACGGCAAAUAUCGGGCUAGACUCUGUUUGAGGGUUCAGAGAGGUGUCAUUAACGCGUGUCGCUUGUGUGUUGAAAGAUCUGGUGUUUUAUUUGAUCGAUGUACCUUUCGAGAAUGAUUCAAAAUUUUAGUGCAAGACAAAGUUCUAUAUAGAGCGGAAGCAGCAGUUACUUAGUCAACAGUUUUCAAAGGAUUAUUCAGCAUAUAGUAUAGCACAGAACAAAGGAUAUAGGCAGUUGAUCUGAAUUCAAAAUUGGCAGCACGUUCCGCCGCCCGCUUUCCCCCGUUGCGAGUCAAUUUUUCUCACGCCCGCACGUGACCGACACGCGGACUUGUUUAUGUGCUUAGAGCAAUGUCCUUAAGCGCCCACUUAGCGCACAAUUAGGAAUACAAACAAAAAAAUAUAAACAAUCUGAAGAAAAUGUUCUCCAUGGAUAAUUUUGAUUUGGAGGCCACCAUGGCGCGGCAUUUCUUCGAAGGAUCUCAAGCAACUAAUGGUUCGAGCUCCGGUUCGGAGUUCUUUUUCGGCGACGAGCACAGCUCGGAGAGCGAUGACGACGAUGAUGCCUAUAGCAGUGGCUUUAACAGCGAUCAGGAAAAUAAUGAGAAGACACGCAGUCACAAGCCACGCCGCUUGAAGUUGAAAUGCGCCUCCCAGAUGGCCCAGCAGCGUCAGGCGGCCAAUCUUCGGGAGAGACGACGGAUGCAGAGCAUAAAUGAAGCCUUCGAGGGACUACGAUCGCACAUUCCAACGCUACCCUAUGAGAAGCGACUCAGCAAGGUGGAUACCCUGAAGCUGGCGAUUAGUUAUAUAACCUUUCUGAGCGAUAUGGUUAAGAAGGAUAAGAAUGGCAACGAGCCCGGACUGAGUCUGCAGCGCAACUAUCAAAAGGAACCUCCCAAAAAGAUUAUUCUAAAGGAUCGCACCGGCGGUAUUGCCCAUUCCCUGUCCUGGUAUCGCAAGGGGGAUCGUUAUCCUGGCAGCAAGCUAUACGCACGCACUUGGACUCCGGAAGAUCCGCGUGCCCCGCCGCCGCAAACCGUGCAACCAGCGCAGCAGCCGCUGUUCAAUAACUCCAAUCAGAGCCAGAACAGCAGCCACAGCAGCGAGGAUUAUAAUGGCAGUGGCGAGAUGAGCGAUGUGAGCGCCACUCCAAGUAUCUUUAGCACUGGUCUCUAGGAGGCGAACCUCCAACGCUCCAAAGCAACUCUAACUAGUCAACUCCUGCUAGUCUCCUACACAUCCUAUGCAUAAUACGAGUAUAUCCAAUUCGAAAAUAUUUAAAAUAAAACAUGU